ACUCCGCCCCCCUGCUUAAAACUCAAUGGAAAUUUCCAGUCUGUCUACUCAUAUCUAUAUUAGCUGACUCGACCGGCGGGCUGAGAAGAAGUCGACAGGAAAGGAUUCGAAAAAAACUCUGUGAGAAUAACUACGAGACAAUCUUUUGGACUUCAUUGUCUGACUGAGGAACACUUGGAACUUCAUCACUGCGUUUUACACUUGUUUUCAUUUAUUUCAAAGCCACCAUGUCUCAGCAUCAGAUCAGCCUCCCAGCCAAGCUCAUUAAUGGAGGUAUUGCUGGUAUUGUUGGGGUUACUUGUGUCUUCCCCAUUGACUUGGCCAAGACCAGGUUACAGAAUCAGAGACAAGGUCAGCAGAUCUACAAGAGCAUGAUGGACUGCCUUAUCAAGACAGUUCGAUCAGAGGGUUACUUUGGAAUGUACAGAGGUGCUGCUGUAAAUUUGACCCUGGUCACCCCUGAGAAGGCAAUCAAGCUGGCUGCUAAUGACUUCUUCAGGCAAAAACUUGCCAGGGAUGGAAAGGGGCUAACGGUGUUCAAAGAGAUGUUGGCAGGUUGCGGUGCAGGCAUGUGCCAGGUCAUUGUCACCACCCCCAUGGAAAUGCUCAAGAUACAGCUACAGGAUGCAGGCAGACUCGCUGCCCAGCAUCAAAAACCAAUCAUGAUGUCGCCCACCAAGCUUGUGGCCACCAACACCAUGCUCAGCCGCUCUUACUCUGGCACAGUGAUCUCAGCACCACGAGCUGUAUCUGCCACUCAGAUCGCAAGGGAGCUCCUCCAUACACAGGGCAUCCAGGGGCUCUACAAAGGUCUGGGGGCAACACUGAUGAGAGAUGUUCCCUUUUCUAUUGUCUACUUCCCGUUGUUUGCCAACCUGAACCGCCUGGGCAAGCCCAGCCCCGAGGAGUCAUCACCCUUCUAUUGGGCUUUCCUCUCAGGCUGUGCGGCAGGAUCUACUGCUGCUGUGGCUGUUAACCCAUGUGAUGUGGUGAAAACUAGGCUGCAGUCGCUGAGCAAAGGAUCCAAUGAGGAGGCCUACAAUGGUGUUUUGGAUUGUGUGAGUAAAAUAAUGAGGAAGGAGGGACCCUCUGCCUUCCUGAAAGGUGCUGGCUGUCGAGCCCUGGUCAUUGCUCCUCUGUUCGGCAUUGCUCAGGUUAUGUACUUUGUUGGCAUUGGUGAAUACAUCCUGGACAACUCGCCUCUAACCCUCCUGUCGGCAUGAGCACAUCAGCUUGCUGACUGGCUAUGCAGAGGACCUUCCUCGUGGCAGAAGAAUGGCAGCUACAUACCAUCAGUUUACAAGUCUGGUUUGACUGAGUCAGAAAGGCUUCAGGGUGUAUAGAGACCUAGGAUUUCAUCUUCUCUAUGGUCUGACAGCUGUGUUGCACUUGAACACUUUGUGACCUACUCAUUAGUCUGCAGCCAACGUUUGCACUUGAAGCUGUUAGCCUUACUGGACUCGGGGACAGAGUUGCAGUGUUAUUUUUUUCUUUGUCCCUGAGACAGUCCUGUUUCCCUCUGUGAGGGAGGGGGAGCUCACUCCAUCAAAGAGACAGUCCUAUUUUUGUGUUUUCUUCCAUGCUAUCCCCUUUCAUAUUUGUAUUUGUAUGUUGGUUUUUGUGUUAAAUUUCUGAAAUGCAGCAACUUUGAAUGCUGUUGGUAUUUUUUUUUUUUUUCUCUUUUUCUGCAACUGUCCCUUGUUACAAAGCCUUCAAGUUGGAACAAAGGCUUCAGACAAAGGUUGCAUGGGGCCCCAAUUUAUUUCAAGGGAUCUUUAAUUUUUUAAACAUUCGAUCAUGAAUCUUUCUGCUGACUUGGGACCAUAUACUUGCCAAAUCCUAAACCGUGCCCUGUUGUAUACUUGAUAUUAGGCCUCCAGUUAUUUAAUAGUCUGAACUGCAGUCAUUGUAUCUGCAAAAACUUGAGAUGCAUUCAUGCACAUUUCAUAUAUAUAAUAUUAUAUAUGUGUUUGUUUAUUUAAAUAUGCAUACCUGCAAAUUUUUGUUUCAUGCCUUAACAGAGCAAACUAACAUUUCACUCAGAAAAAACAAGGCUAUUGGUCAAAAAAAGCAUUAUUGUGAGCCUGUGAAAGACAACUGUUUCUUAUUUUGUGUUUAUGGCUUUUUGUACAUGCAUAUAUGUGUAAUUACAUUAAAAUUUGCAACAUGUUCA